AAAUCAACGACAAAAGAAAACGAAAGCCAUGACUUCCAUCAUCCGCGCUUCCUCAUCCUCCCCAUCCUUCUUCCCCUCCAAACUCCCUUCCUUCCAUUCAAAACCCGCCCCUAAUCCUCCCCUCUUCGGUCUCCGCCUCCUCAUGAGCAUCGUCGCUGACCCUUCUCCCCGCGGCACCGACGGUUGCCGGCUCGCGGCCCGAUGCCACGCGGUCCCCGGACUAAGCGCCGACGAGGUCGUCGCUACUUCCGAUGAGGCCUUUGGGAGGCAUUCUUCUCCCAGUCUGAAGCGCAGCGGCAGUGGCGUCGCGAUAAUGUGGUUCAGGAACGACCUUCGGUUGAUGGAUAAUGAGGCUCUGGUGCGGGCUUGGACGGCAUCGGAAUCGGUGCUGCCGGUGUAUUGUGUCGAUCCUCGCAACUUUGGGGCCACCCAUUACUUCGGCUUCCCGAAAACCGGAGCCUUGAGGGCACAAUUUCUCAUUGAAUGCCUGGAAGAUCUGAAGAAGAAUUUGAUGAAACGAGGGCUAAACUUGCUAGUACGAUUCGGGAAGCCAGAGGACAUCCUUCCUUCAAUUGCAAGAGUUUGCAGUGCCCAUACAGUUUAUGCGCAGAAGGAAACAUGCAGUGAGGAGCUUCUGGUUGAAAAGCUUGUUCUAAAGGGUCUGCAACAAGUGGUGCUACCUCAAGGUGGAACUUCGAACCAAAAGUCUGUCGGUCCAAAAUUAGUUCUUGUCUGGGGAAGUAGUAUGUACCACAUUGAUGAUAUUCCAUUCAGCACAAAAAACUUACCAGAUGUAUAUACACAGUUCCGCAAGGCUGUUGAAUCAAAGUGUUCAAUCAGGGGUUGUUUCAAGUUGCCGGUGUCACUUGGGCCACCUCCAAACACUGGUUUGGAUCAAAUCGAUGGAUGGGGAACCAUUCCAACUCUUGAGCAACUUGGGCUAAAGGAGUCAAAGGCAAGCCAGCAUGAACAGGGAAUUCAUUUUCUCGGAGGUGAAAAUGCAGCUCUAGGAAGGAUUUCCGAGUACUUCUGGAAGAAGGAUUUGUUAAGGGUUUACAAAGAAACAAGGAAUGGCAUGAUGGGGCCAGACUAUUCCACAAAGUUCUCACCAUGGCUUGCUUCAGGGAGCCUCUCUCCCCGUUAUAUAUAUGAGGAGGUCCGCAGAUAUGAGAAGCAGAGAGUAGCAAAUGACUCCACAUACUGGGUUUUAUUUGAACUGAUAUGGAGGGACUACUUCAAGUUUAUAUCUAUGAAACAUGGGAAUUCUAUUUUUCAUCUAGGGGGUCCAAGAAAUGUGGUGUCAAAGUGGAGCCAAGACCGAUCAUUGUUUGAAUCUUGGAGAGAUGGUCGCACUGGCUACCCCCUCAUCGAUGCAAACAUGAAAGAAUUAUCCACCACAGGCUUCAUGUCGAACCGAGGGCGCCAGAUUGUCUGCUCAUUUCUUGUUCGAGACAUGGGCAUAGACUGGCGCAUGGGGGCUGAAUGGUUUGAGACAUGCCUACUAGAUUACGAUCCAGCUUCGAAUUAUGGAAACUGGACUUAUGGAGCUGGAGUUGGUAAUGAUCCAAGGGAAGAUCGGUAUUUUAGCAUCCCAAAGCAAGCCAAAACCUAUGAUCCUGAAGGCGAGUAUGUUGCUUACUGGUUGCCGGAGCUAGGACAACUCCCCAAGGAGAGAAGAAAUUUUCCAGGGCAGUUAUAUAUUAAGCAAAUCGUGCCUCUAAAAUUUGGGAACACACAUCAGAGUACUCAUGCCAGCAACGGGAGAAGUGAGAACACACACCUUACUCAUGUCAGAAAAGGGAGAAGACAGAACAAAAUGUAAUGAAGAUAAGAGGUUCAUGUUUUGAUUGUGCUAUUAGCUGAAAGCAUGUAUUUAUCUUUGAUUCAUAUCUAGAAUAAAUUGCUUGAUGGUAAUGUAAACUGCUACAAUUUCGUGGAACUGAAUUGAAUCAAAACUUAUAUAGGUGAUUCAUCUUAA